AACUUUCUAAACUAAACAAAAAAUAGAUUAUUUUUUGGAAUUAUCAGUGUUUUUGUUAAUUACCUAAAUGAAUCGUCUGCGAUUCUAAAUUUGUUGGUAAGUGAAACAAAAUUCAAUUGUGAUAAACGUAAAAAUUUAUCAUCUCACUAUGUAAAAUGGAUCGCUUGUCGCUCGAGUUACUUGAGACUAUUUUGAGUUGUCCGGUCCUGAGUGACAGGGACGUACUUAAUUUUUCCUCAACGUGUCAUUACUUCCGUGAAAUUGUCCAAACUAGUCGAGUGAUAUGGAAACAGAGAUUUUACAACAAAUGGCCCAAUCUGCCCAAGGAUUUGGGGUGUCCCGACUGGUAUUUCGACGAGUUGAAAUAUUUUCACUCGUUGAAAACCAGAGUAUUAGAUGAGUUAAAAUUGAUGCAUGAGAGUUUUUUCAAAGAUUUAAAUAUGUUAUAUUCAAAUGGGAUGAAAUGGAAAGUGUUAAGUUAUGAAAAAGAACGAAGCAAUUGUUAUAUAAGAACACUUCUCCUCGAUGUUAUUAAUACGAAAGAGGCAAUAAACAGCAUCGUAGCAGUGCCUUUCAAUACUCCAGGAAAUUUAACUUUGCAAUUUUCCGCACGGUUCAUUUUGCGUCUCUUGAAUGAACACUAUCUAAAAAACACUUGGGAUAAAUUUAAACGUCUUCCAUCCCAAGAGCAAACUUUGGAAAAAAUUGCUAUUUUUUUUGCCCAAUGGUUCCAUCUUGACAUUCAAGACGUCGAUAACCAUGUCGCAAAGCGACUUAACGAUAUUGCAAAUUUGGUAAAAGUGAGAUUAAGGUCUACCAACCCGAAACAUCCAAUUUUCACUAGUGAAGUGUGUGAAUGGAGAAAAAAGUUGGAAAAGCACCAAUGGGGGCCUGAAAAUUGCCACGAAGUCAUUUCCACAAUCCGUGAAGUCCUUUACUCGCAUUUGGGACUUCAAGGAAACUAUAGUUGGCACCCCAGUCCCGAAUUCUCUUUCAUUAACAAAGUUUUAGAGCGUCGCAUAGGCCUUCCGAUUGUCUUGGCGGUGAUUUACGAAAGUGUGGCACGGCGUUUAGGGGUGGUCGUGGAACCCAUUAAUUACCCUAAUCAUUUUUUGCUCAAAUUUCAAUUAAAUCAAACUUUUUACAUUGACACUUGCAAUGGGUGUUUUAUCGAUGGAGUGACUCCCUGUUUUCAUCAGAUUCCUGUUUUCGGGGAAACCCAGUACAGUGCUGCCACCACCGACGAAAUUGUUCGACGAAUGGCGAACAAUUUGAAAUUUGCUAUUGGGCAUGGAGAUGUCACAGAAAGAAUAAUUCAUUUGCGAUUGCUUAAUCGACUUGUGACUUUCGUGGGAUUCCCCUUGGAUGGUGAUAUGGUAACAGAACUAUUACCAUAUUACACAGUGCCUGAAAAUCAUAACAGAAAACGAACAACUUAUUUAAAGUAUGCUGUGGGUAUGAUAAUGAUUGAUGAGAAUAGUGCAACUAAAUGUGUUAUUUGUGAUUGGAAAGGACCAACGCAUAGAAAUAAUAAGCAACCAAAAUAUCUGGUUGUUUUCGAAAAUGGAGUAACUAAAUUUGUUUUACAAGAUGGAAUUACUCCGACCACCGAUCCGGGAAAUUUACAAUCAGUAGAACAAGUCGGUCUGUGUUUUUCACACUUUUUCAAAAACCAUUUUGUUCCAAAUGAGCAAAUGGAGAACUUAUUUCCAAGUGAUGCGCAAGUGAGGCACAGGUUCUACCACGAGAUGCAAUUGCGAAAUUACAGGCCGUAAUAUUAUAGAACAAUAUAAAUAUAAGUUUUUU